AUGGCGGUGCUGGACGAGCUGCUGGGCCAAGGGGUGCUGAGCCUCGAGGAGGUGGACGAGGUGCACGAUAGAUACACAGUGCGUGCCGACAAGGCCCGCUGCCUCAUCGACAGCGUGCGCCUGAAGGGCCCCAGGGCCAGCCAGAUCUUCAUCAGCAGCCUCAGGAAGCGUGAUGGCACCUUGGCGGAACAGCUGGGUCUGGCCACUGAGUCGGGGUCCCCUGGUGCGCAGCUGGCCUCCCCCAGGACUGAGGCCCCGCCUGGCCCCCCCGUCGGCAUCCAGGGCCAGCAGUGGAUCCGGCAGUGCUCCCUGAGCGAGUACCAGCGCAUCAGGGACACAGAGGGAGACCAGAUCUAUCCCAUCCAUCUACCGCGGGAGACGCGGACCCGUAGGGCCCUGCUCAUCUGCAACAUUGAGUUUGAGCACUUGAGGCGGCGGGAUGGGGCUGAAGUGGAUGUGGAGGGGAUGACGAAGCUGCUGGAAGGGCUGGGCUACGUGGUGGACAUCCAUCGCAACUUAACUUCCGAGGGGAUGGCUACAGUCAUGAAGGAUUUUGCGGAUCUCAAAGAGCACUGGACCUCUGACAGCACCUUCCUGGUCUUCAUGUCCCAUGGGGUCAGGGCGGGGCUCUGCGGGACCAAGAGCAGAUGCGAGACCACAGACAUCCUUUCCCUCGACACCAUCUACGAGAAAUUCAACAACAAGCGCUGCCACGCACUGCUGCGCAAACCCAAAGUAGUCAUUAUCCAGUCCUGCCGUGGAGGCAACGUAGGGUCUGUGAUGGUGAGUGACUCCGCGGACCCUGCCAUGCCCACUCCCAGCUCCGCUCACACGAUCCCUGCAGGGCUGGAAGAUGACGCAAUCUGUGAAGUCCACCUGGAGAGUGAUUUUGGCACUUUACAUUCCUCUACGCCUGAUACUGUCUCCUGGAGAAGCCCAGUAACAGGUUCCAUUUUCAUCCAGCGCCUGAUAGAGCAGUUUCGAAACCAUGCCUGUAACAGCGACUUACAGGAGAUCUUCCGAAAGGUCCAAUAUUCCUUUGAAAAAUUCCCUCGGCAGUUGCCAUCACAAGAGCGGACUACGAUGCUCAGGAAGUUCUACCUCUUCCCAGGCCACUGA